UGUUAAUCGGAUGUUCAUUGACCCUCAGAAAAUCGAGCAAAAUGACGGCCGACGAAGAAUCGCCUUGUUUGCAAUCAACUACGAUCCCACGAAGUCCUGAGUCCGACCUUGAACUAAGACGAAAGUCUGAACGCGCCAAUAAAUUGGUCAUCUAUGGUUCUUUUAUUGGCGUGUUCCUUGCGUCUGCCGAUGAGUCACUUGUCAUCUCAACAUGGAGCUCCAUUGCUUCGCAAUUCAACCGUCUAUCGGAAGGGUCGUGGCUGCUGGUUGCAUAUAAUUUUGGCUAUUGUGUCUCGUUACCAGUGUAUGGAACGCUCAGCGACACAUAUGGACGGCAGAAUGUCCUCCUUUGGGCGUAUUUUCUGUUUGCUUUGGGAUGCCUGGCAUGUGGCACCAGCGUUUCCUUGAUCCAGCUCAUUCUGGCCAGAGUACUGGCUGGUAUUAGUGGGGGCGGCAUGGUUGCCCUAGUUUCCAUUAUUAUAACCGAUUUGAUGCCUCCAAACGAGGUGGCACUGUUCCGGGGGUAUGCCAACGUGGUCAAUGUGGCUGGUCGCAGUUUGGGCGCCCCGGUUGGGGGCUUUCUGAUCACGACACUGGGAUGGAGAUGGUCUUUUCUAGGCCAACUCCCUCUCAUCAUUAUUUGUAUGAUGGUCGCAUAUUACGGCCUUCCCUCGUCGUUGAACCAGAGCAAGACAAAUGACGACCAGGAUCUUCCCCAAUCCCCAGCGUCCCACAUCGACUAUGGCGGCAUUAUCAGCUUUGCUACAGCGAUCGUCAUGUUGUUUUUUUUUUUGAUCCAAAGCUCGAAUACGACAGACGAUCGACCAAUACUACCAUUCUUAGCGUCUGUGUUCGCAAUCGCCGUUGCAGUCUUCCUCUUGACGGAGGCAUACUGGGCCAGAAAUCCCUUGAUACCUUUGAGCUUAGUGAGGGGUUCCUUGGGAGGGUACUUCGUGGGACAAUUGAUGUUACUAACUGGUCGCUCGGCGCUUAGCAGUAACAUGGUCCCGUACUUUAUCCGAGUCGAAAAGGCAACUGAUAUCCUCGCAUCCUUUACCUACGUCGUCACCGCGGUGGGUGUCUCAGUCGGCGGCCUGAUCGCAGGCGCCAUCAUCAAACGGACCAACCGAUAUAAGACAAUGAGUGUAAUGGCAGUGGGAUCCACUGCCUUGCUAUCUAUUCUAAUUUACAUCCGCUACCGCGAUGGCUGCUACACCUGGGAACUAGUCUAUCUCUUCCCGUCCGGCGUGUCCAAUGGCAUACUCUUCUCCACGCAAUUCAUCGGGAUGUCUCUGACUGCGCCUAAAGAGCGACUUGCCACUUCGACCGGGAUCUACUACCUCUCCCAGCAGUUGGGGUUUAUUGUCGGUCCGGCGGCUUCGGUCGCUGUUGUUCAACGGCGGUUUGCCAGUAGCCUUUCAGAAGGUCUGGAGGGGUUUAAGGAGAAAAGGCUUAUUGAUCAAAUACUGAAUGACCUGCGAUUCUCCGAGAGCUUGCCAGAAAGAGUCCAAAGUAUCGUCCGGUCGAGCUAUCUGUAUGGGUUUCAGUUUGUACCAUUACUUGGCACGGUGUCUAUCUUGUUCAUGUUGCCAAUCGUGCUACUGCUGAAGGAAAGAAGAAUCGAAUGA